AUUGGCCAAUGGAAUAUGCCACUCCUAAGAUAUUCCGGGUCCACUUUAUUUUUCUAGAACUGGGGCUUGCAGAAGCUUUCAUCCAAGUUGAAUCCAUGCGGAUUUCAUCUACUAUCAAACACGGUUGAUUGCAUUGCCGGAACUUUAUCAAAACACGUCUCCGUUCGUACUUUUCGCGAACUUCCAAUUAUACAAAGUACAAUUGGCUUCUUCGAAUAGUUGUCAUUAAAAUCCUCGUAACUAUUUGAUUUGUGACAACAAGUUUCUGUCCUUAAGGCGAUUUACGCCAUCUCAACCUGUUUCUACAAAAAAAAUGUCUGGGAACUUUGAAAUUCCUGGCCUAUCCAUCUCCAGGGUACCAGAUGACUCUCAAACCCAAUCAAACGCUCCUAAUGAAGCUCAACCUGUGACUUCUCAGCCUGCUACUGAGAUGGAUAUCGAUACUCCUGUCCCUUCAGAGAGUACACCACUACCUCAGAUCAGCGAGGCACAGAUUGAGAAGUCGGAGAAGUCGGAGAAGCCGGAGAGUUCUGAUGUUGCUAUCAAAGAUGCACCACCCAGCCCCCCCUCCUUAACUUCAGCACUGGAGGCUCUACUUGGCGGUCUAGACGCCCCACCACAGGAUCCGAAUGUGUCAUCUGAGCAACCCAAUGGUGCAGAGCAGAAUGGACAGCCCCAAGAGCAAGAUGAACAAGGUGAUCCUGAGUGGGAAGAAGACUCUUCUCCCUACGAAUCCUCGUCUGAAUCGAGCAGUUCAGAUGAUUCGGAUGACGAGUCUGAAGAUGGGAAAAACUAUGAGCUCCUAGGCCCCGAGGAGACAGCCCGCAUUCUUAUGGAAAUGGAGGGUGGCUCAGACGAUGAAGGCGAGGGGAAGGCGAAAGGGAAUGGUUCGGGUGCACAGGUCCGCACGAAGAAUGAAUUACCUGAAGAAGUAGUUCCUAAGCCCGAUGUCGUCAUAACACCGGAGAUGACUAUCACUGAACUUGGCGUAAUUGAGCACAUCGUUGAGAAUACGGCUGUAGUCAAGGCGAUCACGACGGGAGAGUACCAAGUGCUCGACAGCGGCUCAGUUCUCUGCACGGAAGACCGCACUGUUAUCGCGGCCGUAGCCGAUUUAAUCGGCAACGUGAGACAGCCACGUUAUACUGCAAGGUUUACGAACGAAGAAGAAAUUAAGUCUUAUGGUCUAGAGAUAGGGGCCAAGAUAUUCUACCCACCUUCGCACGCGGUAUAUGUCUUUACUCAACCACUUCGGGAGCAAAAGGGUACGGAUGCAAGCAAUUGGCAUGAUGAAGAGGCUGGUGAUGAAGAAAUUGAGUUCUCAGACGACGAAAAAGAGGCCGAACAUAAGAGGCAGCUGAAGGCUAAAAAGAAAGGAGGCCGCGGUGGUAAGGGCGGCGUAGGAGGGCGAGGAGGUCACACCGAGGCCUCCUCCCUUCCUCCGAUGACUGGCCUACAGUAUGAUGACAACGACGAGGACGGCCCCUAUCGAAAACUUGCAAGGCCGGCGAGCUUUGGGCAGGGCCAAUCCACCCCUUCGGAAUCUGGGUAUUCAAAUCAUCACGCCAACAAUAACGGCUCAUUCCGAGGUGGUCGAGGUAGAGGCCAACGAGGUUAUGGACAUGGCCGUGGGGGGAGGGGCAAUCGUGGAGAUUCGCGAGGUGGACAUUCCUUACCACCUAGACCACCACGAGGACAAGACUAUCAGCCACAAACUCAGCAAUACAGCUAUCCUCCAGCUCCGCCUCCGGUUACUAACCCAGCAUAUCCCCCGCAGUCGCUACCAUUCUAUGGCACACCGAACAGUCAUCAGCAGCCCAAUACACAGUUUCAAUUCCCUUGGCCCCAGAAUGUCCCACAAGGCUUCGUUCCACCUCCACCGCCACAGUUUACCGGGCAGCAACCUGGCGCGUACUACAGCCCUGAGUUCUUUGCUGCUCUACAAAGUCAGAUGCAGGGACAAUCCAACCAGCAAAACGGCCAGUGGCCCGGACAUGGCGGUGCUGGAUAGAAUCCUAACGCUAUGAACGGCAAUACGGGCUCGAUUCUCCCCCAUGCCUAUCCGUCCCACGAAUGGAAUAAUCAUACUAAUGGAUCUGUUGCCUCAAACAUACAAUCUGUAGGGUGGCGUUCCAACCAGCAACCUAGCCAGCAAAGCCGGGUAGAUAGAGUAGAGACGGAGGCGGGUGUACAAAAAUCCCGGGGCAAGACUCACGGAAAAGGCCGAAAGGGCAGAAAAGGUAAAGAGGGCAAAGAAAAUCAACGAGGCUCCUCCUUGUAGGGUGUGAGUUACGUUGCUCACCGAGCCACUUCUAAUAUAAGGUAUUACUAGCACAUCGUUGGGUAGGUAAUUAUAGUGUCUAUACUGACAUCUAAAAUAAUACGACAAUCAUGGAGGGUUAAGGAAUAUUGGCAUCAAAGUCGAGUCUUGAGUCAAUAGGAAUAUCAAGGCAUGUUGAUAAUAGCCUGAUAUAGACAAUUGACUUAUACCAUUCUAAAUAUGUUGCUUACUUGUGCACCUACCUAGGUAUACAACACAUACAAUUCUUUUAAUAUCCAUUUAAUAGCCC